AUGAAGUGGGUAACAAUCAUUUCCUUUAUUUUCUUGGUAAGCUCUACUGAAUCAAAGCAUCUGCCCAGAAGAUCCCGGGAUGUAGGGCCAAGGCACACCAUUGGGCACUGUUACAGUGAAAUACCAGAGGAGGAUUUCAAAGGCGUUGCCCUGAUCUCAUUUAUUCACUUCGUGCCAAAUAUCACGUACACAGACGUGGAAAAACUGGUAGAAGACAUCACAAAGCUUGGAAAGAAAUGUGCAGCUGAUGAACACGCAGACCCAGAAUGUGCAAAGACUGUUGAUAUUCUUAUCCUGGAAGAACUUUGUCAUGAACAAAGUGUUGCUGAACAUUAUGGAUUUUCCGAGUGUUGCGGUAAAGUUGGUCAUGAAAUAAAUGAAUGUUUGUUGGCCCAUAAAAAUGCAACUCCAGCAUCCUUCCCCCCAUAUGAACGCCCAGACCCUGAAGUCACCUGCAAAACAUUUCAGGACGACAGACUCGAAGUCCUGGGCCAUUUCCUGUAUGAUGUUUCCAGGAGGAACAGCGACACAAGUAUCCUCAUUCUCUUUACCGCAGCUGCCAAGUUUGAGGAAGUUCUGGUGUCCUGCUGCCAGGCGGAGGACAAGGCUGCCUGUUUCAAAGAAAAGGCACCUCUUGUCAAAAAAGAAAUGAAACUACACGCUUUGAUGGAGAAGCAGAACUGUCUCCUCCUGAAGAACCGUGAACGAAAAACCAUGGAAAAAUUGAAAUUUGCUAUGGCAGCCCAGAAAUUCCCCAAAGCUGACCGUUCUAUCUUGCACAAUAUUACCAAAGACAUUGUUCACAUUCAUGAGGAGCGCUGCCAAGGGGACACUCUGGAGAGUCACCUUGAUCAGAUAACACUGACAAAGUUCAUCUGUGAACACCAAGACGUGAUAUCUCCUAACGUGAGUGGGUGCUGUACGAAGCCCCUGUUGGAGCGACCGUUCUGCCUGGUGACCAUGGACCACGAUGACCCACCUGCAGAUUUGUCCCCAACAGUCCGGGAGUUUGUGGAUAACCAAGAAGUGUGCCAGCACUUUGCGGAGAACCAUGACGGUCAUCUGGAACGGUUUUUGUACGAGUAUGCACGGAGACACCCAGAAUUGUCGCCACAGUUGCUCCUAAGAACUGAGAAAGGGUAUCACGAUUUGCUGGAGAAGUGCUGCAAACUCGAGAGUCCUGUAGAGUGCCUCGGCGAAGGGGAAGUUCAGCUCCGAAAACACAUUGUUAACACCCUGGAAGUGAUUAAAACCAACUGUGAACUUUUUGAACACAAGAUAGAAGAUUUCAAACGUGGCCUUCUUGUCCGCUACACCAAGAAAGCCCCGCAGCUGUCCUUUGAGGAGCUGGAUCAGUACACAGAACAACUGCAGGCCGUCGCUGCCAAAUGCUGCCCUCUGGGUGAUGAUAAAAAGCUGGUCUGUGCUGAAGGACAUGCGGACCUUGUGUUAGGGAGCAUAUGCCUGCAUCAUCAAGAACAUGCCAUCAACCCCAAAAUCUGCCAGUGCUGCAGCAGCAAUUAUGCUUUCCGGCGGGAGUGCUUCAGUGCCAUAGAAGUUGAUGAUGGCUAUGUUCCUGCCGAAUGCCCUUCGGAAUUAUUCUCUUUCCAUGAGGAGUUGUGCACAGCCAACGCUGAUGUGGAAAACAGGAAACGCAAGUUGCUUGUCAAGUUGAUUAAAUGCAAGCCGACCAUUACAGAGGAACAACUGAAGGAUAUUAUCAGGAAUUUUCAUGGAGUAGUGGCCAAAUGCUGCCAAGCUGAAAACCACGAGCAAUGUUUUCAAGAAGAGGGUCCAAAACUGGUUGAACGGUCUCGAGCUGCUUUGAGCUGA